AUGCCUCUGGAGAUCAGCAGGGAACCAAAACACUACCAGUUGGCGUUCGAAGCUUGUGCUAUGGCAGCGUUUGCAAAAGAUGCUGUUGAUUCGAAGUAUUGCAAUUGUUUGGCUAUUGCAAAGUACGGCUUGGCGCUACGAGCGAUACAUGAUGCCCUUGGCGCUACGGCUAUGGUGCAAAAGGAUGCGACCUUGGCGUCUGUUCUACUCCUGGCCCUAUUCGAGUGCAUCAACCCUACAACUGGUGGAGUGAGAGGUUGGUACAAGCACAUAAUAGGUGCUAUGAAUUUGGUUAAAGAGCGUAUCCGCCAAAAAAGUGCAAAGCAGAUUGCACAUUCCUUAUUUAUAUCAGUACGCACGCAAAUGGUCUUACAUAGUCUUGUAACACUCUCAGGUGACGAUGAUGAAGUCUGGUGGCCACAAGACAACAUUACUCACAAAUACACCUUAACCCAAAAGCUUUGCGCUGAGGCCAGCUCACUUGGCGCAAAGGCAAAGACUCUCCUCGACCACCCCAGAAACGAAGAAUAUGCGAGAGAACUGUUUAAAAAGUGCCAGGAUCACGACCGGAGAUGUAAAAAUUGGUGGGAAAGUUCUUUUGCGAACACUCAACAUAGAAUUGCUUGGACUGAUCGAGUUCUUGGUUCUGAGCAUAACAGAUUUCAGCCGUUGAUGCUCUGGAACAUGCUGCUGCAUGCAAGGGUUCUCCUGAACAUGAGUAUAGUACGAUGCGUGGCAUGCAUCUAUGAGCCUAAGAAAAAUGAUUACAAAACCAGCACGGAAUAUGCUCAAGCCUUUUUGGAGUUACAAAGUCUCAUCUCAAACAUCACAAUCAGUUUUCAACAACGAAAAGAGAUGAUUUCAGCGCUGGGAGGAUAUUUUAUGACUUGGCCUCUUGCCUUAAUGUUGUCCUCGAAGCGUCUCCAAGAGAGUCAAAGGGCCGUUUUUAACGAUCAGUUGAAGUAUAUUGGAAAAAAAUAUCUUGGCAUUUGUCACGCCUUUGUCGCUCCAAUGGCGAGGUUGGAGGAGCAGGAGCAACACCCUUUUGGCUCACCAAAGAUGCUCUGGACUGCUCCAAACCGCGUCGAACAAUACCCCUACUAA